UCAUGCCACAACAAUGAACUUAAUUAAUAAAGAAAUGUAGACUUUUUUUCUAGCAUUAAAACAUGGUUUAAGUCAAUUAUACUAGCAAAACAUAUUCUUUAAAUAAAAACGUCUUGCGUUGAAGUGAAGAGGCAAUAAAAAAUAAUAAUGGAUGAAAAGCAACGUAAAAAAUUACACACAUUUAAGCAAAAGAAGAAAUCAGUUCAGGACAAAAAGGACGCUGAACCUAAACAAUGGAGUCAACUGCCCGAUACAAUCAUUAUGGAAAUCUACAUGAACUUGGGUGAUGUGGACAGGGUAUCAAUGGCCAGGGUAAUGAAUCUUUUUAAAAUUAUGAAUUAAUCAGCUCCAUAUUUUAAAUAAAUGAUAAAAUAAAGAGGUGCUAUUGAUGGUAACGUGAAUAGAAGUAUUGUUGAUUAAGAGAUGAGUGGAUCGGAUAAAAUGACAAAUAUUGGCUCUAUUCCAAUUGCACUAAGUGACUCUAGUGUUUACAUUGCUGCGUGUGGAUACAUAGUUUGGAGACAGUAUAAAAUUACAACGUCGAAUCGGGACAUGUUGCCUGAGACUAUCAACGCGAUAUGGGAAAAGGUGCACAGUGAACUGCCUGUGUGGGUCUUUGCAGGCAACGAUGUUGAGGUAGUACAUGCAAAUGUUUGCUAGGAGAACUCUCUUUGCUACGCCUUUAUAAAUUAAAUGAUCAAAAUAAAAAGCAAAUAGAUGAAACGCUACGUCGCAAUGCCUUACAAAAAAAAAAAAAAAAAAAAAAAAAAAUAAAAAAAAAUAAAAGAAAAAAAAAAAAAAAAAAAAAAAAAAACGCUACGUCCAAAAGCCUUAAAAAAAAAAAAAAAAAAAAAAAUCCAGAUUGAUAAAGGGCAAAGAACAAGGAGAUACAGUAGUAAAAAAUUAGGGCUGCCCAGCAACAGCCAAGGAAACGAUUCACCUUUCCGUGUUUCCUAUAUUGUUUUGAUGAUUACUUUAGAACAACGUGGUGCUAUGAAUGUUGACGAUAACAUUGCCCUCCCCAGAGCUUAGUACACAAAAUGCAGAGUGAUCCCUGUCCUAGUUAGCUCUACUUCAACAGGCCAGAACAUAACAAGGACCCAAACUGUCGGGAAUACACUAUGGUCAACAGAACUAGUCGUACACUUAUUAAUUUGGAGCGUUUUGCCAGUUUGUAAACCAUGUGCUGGGUGGCCGAGUGGUGAAAACUGAGCAAAUCUCAAGUUGGUGGUCUGGAGCUCCUAUACUGGCUUCUUGCUGGUAUGAGCCUGAAUUGCCUGUCAUGGCCUCGUCGCUGUCUAUGGGGGAGGGAGGUGUUUCUGUUUAAUACUGGAACAGUGGACCAGCCAAUUAUUUAUCUUAUACAUCAUGGAGAACCUGGAUUGUCGUCAUCUUUCCUCCAAUGGUGACCAGCCUAGUGUUUCCAGCAUGCUGCCAACACUAGAGGUAUUCCUGCAGCGGUUAAGGACAAAGCGUGCUGCCCGUCGCUGGACCGCCUCCAACCUGUCAAUGCUCUUCUGAGUAAAUGGGUCCCAGACUGAAGAUGCAUAAUCUAAAACCGGACGGACAAAGGCUUUAUAUGCUCUUUCUUUCACUCAGGAGUUGCCAAUCUUUUGAUUUCACCUUAAGAACCCCAUGUUUGCUUGGUUACAUACAUUAAUUUCUUUUGCUAAAUUAAACCCCCAAAACCUGACAUGAAAAGUCCCACUUACUAAGACCACGCCCCUCAAUUGCACUCUUAUUUUCCUCCUUAAGGUAUGUAAGACCUGGUACCAAGUCUUCCAUGUUCCGUCACUGUGGAGGUCGCGGGAGAUUGAUUUUGGCCUACGUCGAGCAAAUCUAGAGGCUUUCGAUAAGGCUAAAAAAGAAUCACCAGUGUCAAACGGUACAGUAACGUAGCUGCUAUACACUGUUUCAAUAAGGUACUGUUAAAGCUAACGUUCCGAUACAACGAGUAAUACUGUUACAACAGAUUUAGUAUUACCACGAUAGAGCUAACACACUGGUAAACAAAAUUAUGGUCCAGGUGCAUCUAGUUUACUAAUUACUAAUUUAAUGGUACAACUUAAAUUAUUACUUAAAUUAUAUUCAUUAAAAUUUUAUCUAGAACAACUAAAUAUUAGUACAAACUAACAUUUACUCAGAUGUAAACAAAAAAAAUAACGUACUAGUAGACUGUAAGCAGUGACGUACUCCACAAGUCGUCAUAUAAAUAUACCCAGCCGAGGUCAUAAUUUUUCAGCCACUUACCUUUGCUGUGAUCACCAUCUUUUACGUCGCACCAUAUAUCCUUACGCUAUGCUUGUUAAUUACAAAUUCUUUUUCGCUUCUCAUUAGGAAAGCACGCAAUCAAGUUCGUGAAGCAGUUCCCGACUUCACUUGAAGACAUCGCCAUUAGAUUUCGUUUCAUGUCUGAGCAGCCUACUAAACAAAUGAUCAACGACUUCAAAGAGUUAUGUGCUUCUUUGGAUGGCGCCAAACUUCGAAAUAUUUCUAUUUGGAAUCUGAACGUAGACACGGUCAGCGGGCAGAAGAGAAAAGACGUAAUAGACUCUUUAAAGAGACUGCUACGCGAUCAGAGUUCAAUAAGGGUAAAAAAACCAAUAAACAAUCAUUUACGUAUCAUGGAGAUAGCACCAGUUUACAUGGACACCUGGGACAGGCCCCAUGGGAUUGAAGAGAGCGUGUGUAGAUUUAGUUACUUGCGGGUCUAACAUUGUCUCUGAUGUUCUCUGGGGGACAAUGGGCUCAAUGUAUUCUGGGAGGGCUCUAGGCUUUAUGUAUUAUGGCAAGGCUCUAGGCUUUAUGUAUUAUGGCAAGGCUCUAGGCUUUAUGUAUUAUGGCAGGGCUCUAGGCUUUAUGUAUUAUGGCAAGGCUCUAGGCUUUAUGUAUUAUGGCAAGGCUCUAGGCUUUACGUAUUAUGGUAGGGCUCUAAGCUGUAUGUAUUAUGGUAAGGCUCUAGGCUUUAUGUAUUAAGGCAAGGCUCUAGGCUUUAUGUAUUAUGGCAGGGCUCUAGGCUUUAUGUAUUAUGGCAAGGCUCUAGGCUUUAUGUAUUAUGGCAAGGCUCUAGGCUUUAUGUAUUAUGGCAGGGCUUUAGGCUUUAUGUAUUUUGGCACGGCUCUAGGCUUUAUGUAUUAUGGCAGGGCUAUGGGUUCCAUGUUUUCUUUUUGAAAAUUUCAUUUUUUUUAAAUGAUAAAAAUGUGCUAAAUAAAAACGUUUGUUAUAAUUGACACUUCAAAUAUUUUUGUAUAUAUAUAUAUAUUAAAUGUUUGCGAGGUAAUAUGUUAAUUUUAAAGCCAUUAUAUUUUUUUGUUUUUAUCUUAUUUCAGUUUUAUUACAAUGUAAACUGUGUUCGAUAUUUCGGUGCUUUUAGAUCUGUUUCUUUCAUUUUGUAUUGUAUAAUUAUUAUGACUCUUCUGUUUAGAAAUUUAAAGAAGAUGCGUCAUUCUAUGACCUCGAGAGUGGUCUAGAAAUUCUUAGAUGUUUAGCUGAUGCCUCUGCAUCUACUAUACAAGACCUUUCUCUAAAGGACUUGGUUCUAAAUGGAGUGUAUAUGUACCGUGAUGGACGUGUAUCGGCAGAACUGAAGGUCAUUGUCACUUUAAAAUCACGGUUCACUUGAUGUUUUCCUUUGUCUAUCACUUAAAGAUAACAUAAUAACACAGCAUUCACAUCAUGAAAGCUUGUUUUAGCUUGUUAUUUAUACAUUUUGUUUAGUUAUCUUAUUUGCGUAACUUAUUAUUUCGAUUGGUUAUCAUGUUUUUUUAUUAAAUUGUCCGGCUGUUUGUAUAUUAAAAUACUUAUUUUUUUAAAUGUUAGAAUCAAUGUACUCUCACUUGUAAAUUUACCUACUUUAAUUCUUAUCAUUAACAAUAUUUCUCACAUUUGAGUGGGAUGACCUGGCAAAUGCCCACCUCCAACCCCCCCCCCCCAAAUCUAGUAAAGACAUGAGUCGAUAUAUUGCAAUUGUUUUUUAGUCUUAAUUCUUCAACCUCAUGACAGGCAAAUAAUUUUGUUUAUAUUUUAACAUUUUCAGAAAUUCACAGGCCUCUCUCGUAUUGACUUCGAUUACAAUUUAAUAUCUGAAGAGCUUGUAAAAACCUGGGUCACGACAUGUCCGAAACUCACGUUCAUUAAGCUUUGUGCUAACGAUUACGUGCAUCCCAGUAAGCGUGAUUGUUUGUUGGUUAUUAAUAUUUUGGUGAAAUAUUUUUUUUUAAACCUGUAUGUUUGAAAGAGAACUGUCGUUUAAUGUUUUUUGCUCUUGUUAAUUUAUUGACCAGCCACAAUUUUUGUUUGUUUGUUAAAAUGUUAUUGUCAUCAGUACCGGUGAGGGAUUAAUUCUUCUAAUUCAGAAUCAGAUGCUUCCAAGAUAGGGAUUAAGCUGUAAAUGCUAUUUUUAAAAAAAUCUAUCAUCAUAAAAAAGUUUUAAAAAAUUUCUAUUGCGUCUGCAUGGGCCAUCUUGUGUUGUAGUUACGUUACUGUGUAAAAUAUAUUUUUAUAUAUUUUUUCAAUUUACACAUUACUUAAAAGGUCAUUUUAUACCCUCCACUCAAUCAGAUCACGUCAUUAGCUGCGAGGCAUGGAAGUCAUUGGUCGGAACGCAUCCGAAUUUGUUGGUUGAGUUUGAAUCCUCAGAGAUCCCAGACUUAAAGCAAAUGAAUGAUAUAUUAUCACCGGCUAUUCCCUUGUUCGAGUUAUCCUGGUACACAUUUCAAAAUACAAGUGAAUUUGAGGUAGUAUAAAGUCUUAGAAUUUUUAUUUUUAUUAUUUUUUUGUAUUUUGCUUAUGCCAUUAAUUUGUUUACGUACAAGUUGCAAUAUAUCAUACGCCUGCAACGGGUUCAAUGCAAAAUUUAUUUUUAAUCAUUAUUUCAAUUUAAUUACAAAUUAAUUUCAGUAAGUGAUAACCUAUUUAAAGUGUGUUUAUUCAUGGGAACAAAGUCUGAUGUAAAUGCUUAUCUUUGAAAUGCCCGUUUUGACUCGACAUUUCAGCUUUUGGGAUACAACGAAAUAUAUUAUUUUGAAUGACAGACAUAUUUUUUUGAGGAAAUAUCCGAAGCAGCAUUCUAUCAAUAUUGCUUACACCAAGACAAUUUGUUGUUUCAAACAGCCAACAGCGCGCGAGGUCUAAAUGAGGCACAAAACAUAUUUUGAUCUUGAAAUGCUGUUUAAUAAUAUUUAACUGUAAAGAAUUUUGAGGGAAGUAGCAGAUCAAGAUAACUUUCGAAUUGGCGGUGUCUGAGGGAAAUAGUAGGUCAAAAUAACUUUGAAAUAAUCGGUGUCUGAAGGAAACAGUGUAUCAAGAUAACUUUGGAAUAGUCGAUGUCUGAGGGAAAUAGUAGAUCGACAUAAUUUUGGCAUAGGCGGUUCUGGGGGAAAUAGUAGGUAAAAAUAACUUUGGAAUUGGCGGUGUUUGAUGGAAAUGGUAGAUCAAGAUAGUUUUGAAACAGGCGAUGUCUGGGGGAAAUAGCAGAUCGAGAUAACUUUGGAAUACGCGGUGCAUGAGGGAAGUAGUAGAUAAGAUAACUUUAAAUUAGGCAGUGUCUGAAGGAAAUAGUAGAUCAAGAUAAUUUUUAAAUAGGCGGUGACUUAUGGAAAAAGUAGAUAGAGAUAAAUUUAACUUUGGAAGAGACAGUGUCACUUUUUUUGCAGUUUGUUAACUUGAAUAUGUAAUUUAAGGAUUAUUGUAGGGCCCACCUCCAGUAAUAAAUAUAGAUGACACCUUAAAGGCCAGGCUCUUAUGUAGAACUUGAAUAAAUGUAGUUCCGCGCAAAGCCGAGUGUAUCAGUUAGUAUAUUAAUAUAUAUAUAUAUAUGGGCCCACCUCCAGUAAUAAAUAUAGAUGACACCUUAAAGGCCAGGCUCUUAUGUAGAACUUGAAUAAAUGUAGUUCCGCGCAAAGCCGAGUGUAUCAGUUAGUAUAUUAAUAUAUAUAUAUAUAUAUAUAUAUAUAUAUAUAUAUAUAUAUAUAUAUAUAUAUAUAUAUAUAUAUUAUAUAUAUAUAUUACCUAUAUUUAUCCACAUAAUUUGCUAUAAUCAAAAGUAAAUAUAUUUUUCUUUUUUUAAUUUUUAGCUGACCAGAUUACUUAAUCGUGUUGCCCACUACCAUAGAACAGUAAAACAUCUGUGCCUGCGCCUUUCGGGGCAAUUUCCAAAUUUGAAUACAACAGCAGUGCAGAACAUACUGUCUAAAUGCUCACAUCUGUAAGUCCGUUUUGUACAUGUUUGUGACAUUAGAGAUUAAUGGUUGUCACUGUAAGCAAUACGCCUCUCAUUCUAAGCACAGAGAGCCUUCUUUAUAACGGUAGUGCAUUGUUUCUUCCCUUAACAUUAGAGUAUCAUAUUUCUAGAAGACCACGGGAAAUGACUAUCACUUAGCAUACUCAUUCGCAUUAUUUUUUCUUGUCAUGGAUAACGGGACAAAUAUUACUCUCAUCCCAGGAUCCAUGUUCAAUCCUCGGUUAAAAUAAAUGCAAUCCAAAAUAUAAUAUGAACCGAAUUAUUCUAUGAAAUCGUGGGUUUCCAGAAUUCAGUUUUUUGGGGUUAAAUUAAUGAAUGAAAUAUAAUGUCAAGUUUAUUGGACAGCUUGGAUGUUGUUUCUAUGGCCAUUAUUGGCUGGUUAAUUUCUCCAUUAAGCUUAGUUAAAAAUUUCUAACUAGAGGAUUAUUUUUAUUGAUCCAAACAAAUUGAAAUGUUUUUUUUAAUUAAAUUGUGCGUACCUUUCAGCAAAUAAAUAAAUACAUGUUUUACAUAGGUCCCCAUUUUCCAAAUAAAAUAAUUUAAACACAAGCCAUCUGCGUUAAAUUAGCUCCAUUAUGUAAUAAAGACAUAUGUUUUUAAGGUAAAUUCGGAUUUGAAAGUAUGACUUAUUUGCUUUCCUAAUAUUCUAGAGUGAAAUUUGUUACGAAAUAUUCACAAACAAAUAUUACUCGUAAAAAUGUGUUCGUUUUGACUAUUUGACAUAGAAAAUACAAAACUACUUGCUGUAAAAGUGGUUGAUGACAUAAAAAGCAAUGUUAACUACUUUUAUAGACCUCAAGUUCCUAAUCUGUAGGACGUGACAUAAGAACCCUUGUACGUGACUGGACCUCAAGUUCCUAGAAUAGGGUUGCGAAGUGAUUUCUAUAGGGCCACGGGCUGAAACUAUGGACUAAGAGAAAUAUCACUUGCAAGAGGUAUUUUCUUUUCAAGUCUGAGCCACAGUUUUAACGAUGAAAGUCAAAAUGUUGUUAAUUAUAAUGUACAGCAAAUUUUAGUUUGACUGGAAUGAACAGAACUUGACUUUAAUAAGAGAAAAUAGAAUGUGUAUAUGAGUUUGCAUUAUUUUUUGUAAAAAUUGCUUAUGAAAGGGAAUAGAAUGUUUAAAUGUGUGUUAACAUUAUUUGUUAAAACAUUUAAAAAAAUUUAAAUGGCCAAGUCUUUUAUCACAUACUUAGAGCUAAUUACUCACAACGCAUCUGCUCCUAAGCCCGGUUAAGAUGAAAAACUCUGACCUGCAUUCUUGCACUGCUGUUAUUGAGGAUUUUGUUACAUAAUGGAACAAAAAAAAUAAUGACGCUGCUAAACAAAGCAAUUGGUUCUAAUUAAUGUUGAAAUAUAUGAAAUCCAGUAUCAACAUUUCCAUGACAAAAUCAAUAUUGUUUUUCUAAUAUUUGUUUUUUUAGAAGUUAUAAUAAAUUUUGAUUGGGCAGUUUAUGCUACACUAAAAUCAUGCCACACUCAAGGAUGUAUCUGCUGAAGAUUAUCUUCAAUAGUAUGGUUAAAGUCCUCUGGUUUCAAUACGCCUUUUAAUAUCAUGAUAAUAACUGUCACUUCAGAUGGCAUUAAAUGGUUAGUUGAUGGUAUAUGAUUUAAUAUGGAAAUUAUCUCUGUUAUUACGGUAUGUAACUCUCUUCACUUUUUUCAAAUCGGUUUGUAAUGUAUCAUUAAUGGCAAAGAAGCUAUUUGUGCAAAAUUUGGCCUCUCUGUAAACACUUAUCUCAUUGCAAAAUAUAAAGUUAUUUUUAUUUGAUAACAGUUUACAUUCAAUAACGUGACUGGUACGGUUGAUGGUAAAUAUAAAUAUAAUAACCACUAUGUCGCAACCUCUCUCUGUCUUCCUCACUAUCUCUUCCAAUUCUCACCAUUGGCUUUUGCUAAAUGACAGGUUUCUGUGAGCAGUAUAUUCCAGUACUGUCGCUAUUGUAAUGACGUUAAGAGUUGCCAAUUAACCCGUUAUGGUGUAAAGAAUCUUUGGGAACAUCAGCAAUCCAAAAAGUCAGAUCCACCGCAAUUAGAAGGGAUUUAGACACUAAAAGUGAUCUUUCCCUCAUUUUUUUCAAAAUGUUUUGUAACCUGAAUAGUUCUACAAGUAUUGCAUUGUAUUCCUAACAUUUUAAAUUGAUGAAUCAUUCCUACUGUUGAAUAAACCUUUACAUUCGUGAUAUCAAGAGGGGAAUUUAAAGUUAAAAUGAGAUCUGAAGUCAAAGAUUUAGGAAAUUUUGUGAUUGUGAAACUGAGCAUUUUAUUUGUUAAAAAGUGGCUGUGUCCAUUUCUGAUGACGAAGUUUGAGUUCUUGUAGCGGCAUCGGUGUUGUGAAACUAAAUCCACAGACUUCUUUUGUUUCUGUUUUGAUAAUUUCAUUUUUCUGAAUCACUUAAAUGAAUGCCUUACAUCUUGAUUCUGAGGAAAUUAUAGAGUAGAUUUUAGCCCCUCCCACCCCCCCCAAAAAAAAUGAAAAUAAAAGAUAAAUAAAAACACAUGACACUUUUUCUAUUUGAAAACAAAUUAAUUAAAAAAUAUAUAUAUUUUGCAUCGUCAUGCAUAUUUUGCUACAAUUUUAUCCGAGCCUUACUCCCUGUGAACACAAUGGUUCUGUGUAACUAGAUCUUCUAAUUAUGCGUCAUAUUAUUGUGCUCAAAAAGUAAAUAACGUUAAAUAACAUUGUGUAUGAAUAAUAUGUCACAUAUUUUAAUUAUCUUGCGCAUAUUUUGACUUUGCUAAUAAUCCUUUUAUUGUCUUAAAGGUUGCAGUAACUAUUUAUUUAUUUAUUUAUUUAGGUAUUUUUACAUAGCGCUUACCUUAAAGCUCUAAGCGCUUUACAAAUAUUGAAAACAUGUAAACUAAGUAAAAUAAAAAUGAAAAACCAGAGACACUAGGAUAGUAACUACUAUACUAUAGAAACAAUUAAAAUGGUUAUAAAACGAGGACACUUUGGCACGUGUUGGCCUAUUAUAUUACAGGAUCAACCCGAGACAGAAAAUGAGGCAGGGGCAAGUAGGGUGCAUCACAGGUCAUAGGCGGACCUAAACAGAUGGGUUUUAAGGGACUUUUUGAAAGUGGACGAGGUUUCACAAUGACGGAUGUGGAAGGGGAGCUCGUUCCAGAACGUGGGCGCAUGGAAGUAGAAGGAGCGUUCACCUAUCGUCUUAGUUUUGGUUCUUGGGAACGUUGUAUGAUCGUUGCAUCCAAAAUGCUUUGUAAAUGGAAUUUAAUUUUUUUUUUCCAGACUGCCAUUCAAAUGUGUGACUAAAAGUAAAAGGAAAACUUUCACAGGAAAGAAAGCGUGGGGUCUCGUCCAAGAAACUUCGUGGCUCACAGAAAACGACAUCUAACUUACUGUGAUCAGUAGCUUCAAACGUG